AUGGGAUUAUUAUAUGCAAGCCUUAGCGAAAUCAAAUUUACCGACGUUUUUAUUGCAUUAUCAACUAUAAUAUGUUUAUAUGUAAUUCAUUUCUAUUAUAAACACUAUACUCGCAUUAAUCCACUCCCUGGUCCAAUACCAAUUCCAUUAAUAGGAAGUUUUGCACUGGUUAAAAAAGAUCUUGAUAUUGAUGCUUUUUAUCAUAGUUUAAGUAAAAAAUAUGGCGGUGAAGGUAUAUACGAAGCACCUAUUGGUGGCAAGAGACAAAUAUUAUUUACUCGUGCUGAUUAUAUAGAAGACUUUUUUUUAUCAUCUAUGAAUGUUGCUAAUCAUGCAAUAAGAACUGAGAAGGAUGUUCUUUUAGACAUUUUUGAUCUUGAUAGAAAAGGAAUAGCACUUAACUUCGAUCACCAUAGUUGGAAAUUUAAUCGUGAAAUGUUUACACAGGCUAUUAUGCCAUUAACCUAUUCUCCAAAGCCUAGUAAAUAUGUAAAUGCCUUAUUUGAAGAAAUGUCAAAUUGUUGGAUAGAUUUGAAACCAAAAGGUGAUGCUGCAGCAGUUAUUAAUAUAGCUAGUUGGCUGCGUCGAUUUACAACUGAUUUUAUACACAUUUUGGUAACAGAGAAGCGAGGUUUUGCAAUUCAUUAUUAUCAUCGUAAAUUUAAAAAUCAGAUCACAAAAGAGAUGAUUGAAUCUGAAGAGUUUAUUGAAUGUGUAGAUACUUUUGUAUCAGACAAUAUUCCAUAUGUACCACACAUUUUAAAAGAUUUCCCUUUUGUUAGACCUCGUGUGCAGAAAUUGAUAAGAAAUAAUGAUCGUUUUUAUAAAAAAAUGGGAGAUAUUGUCAAAAAAAGAAGAAGAGAAAUUGAAAAAACUUUUAACAGUAAUGAUAAUUCUAAACCGAAACAACUUGAUCUAUUAACCUCUAUGAUUAUUGUUAAUACACCAUAUGAUACUCGUCCUCCUCAAUCAAAUGUUGAUCCAUCAUUAUUAAGACCAAUGACUGAUGAUGAAAUACGUGGUGUUUUGUUUGAUUGUUUUGUGGCUGGUACAGAUACGACUGUGAACACUCUUUGUUUCGUGAUAUAUUACGUUUCACAUUAUCCGGAUGUUAAAAAGAAAAUGUUGGAUGAGAUUGAAUCAGUUUUCAAUGGUGAUCGAACCAGGCCAAUAACAUUAACUGAUGUUGGGAAAUUAAAAUACUGUGAAGCAGUAAUUAAAGAAACAACAAGAAUAAGACCUACAGUUGGUAUGAUCUCAAGAAAUUACGAGAGAUCUAUGGAAGUAGCAGGAUACAAAUGGCCAAAGGACACUCUAUUUGUAAUGCAUCUUCGUGGAAUCAACAAUAACCCACUUUAUUGGAAAGAUCCCGAAAAAUACAUCCCAGAAAGAUUUUACGAUGAUCAAGGGAUUGUACAUCAGCAUAAAAAUUCAUUUGUGAUGUUUGGUGGAGGUUCAAGAAUAUGUCCAGGUAGAAAGAUUGCAAUGGUUGAAUUGAAAAUAUUGCUGGCUUCGCUUUAUAGAAAGUUUGACGUUGAAUUGGCGGAUAUGCAAGCUCCCCUUAAGACUGAAACAUCAACAAUCACCAUCUGUAAAGAAUUAGACGUCAAACUCACUCCUAAAAAUUAA